AUGGCUUUUCUUGCCGAAGAUCGCAUGCUCUUCCGCCAUGAAUGGGGCACAGCAACAUACGACGAACAAUUGGCUCGAGCAAGAAGAUCAGAGAUGGACGAAGAAAGUGGAUCGAGCUCUUCUACGACUGUUAUGGAUCUAAGCGAGGCGAAAAAAGCACAACUAUCUACCAAAAAGACAAUCCCACUUUAUAUUGGAUUCACAACCGGAUUCUGCGGCAGCUUUACAAGCUAUUCAACCUUCAUAAGAGAUGUAUUGUUGGCUCUAUCAGACAAUGAAUUUGAAUUGCCCACCACACAACAAUCUGGAAGUUACUCAUUCAUAGCAAUGCUAGCAGUCAUCAUCACUACGGUCUGCUUGACCUUAUCAGCUCUACAUCAUGGCGCACAUUUAGCUAUCGGUACGGAAAAGUGUAUCCCGCCUCUCCCUUUUCGUCUUAUUCGAAAGUUCUUGGACAGGGUCCUUGUUGUUCUUGCAUGGGGCAGCUGGGUUGGUGUUACCGUAUUAUCCAUAAUGCCACCGGACAUAAAUUGGAGUGAGAAGGCCUCUGCGCUUGUAUUCGCUCCCGUUGGAUGUCUAGCCAGGUUUUACCUCUCGUUAUACCUCAAUGGAAAGGUUUCAUCAUUUCCUUUGGGAACGUUCCUGGCUAACGUGCUCGGUACUGCAGUCCUUGGCAUGUCGUGGGAUAUUACUCACAGCGCUUCCGUAGGCAUAGUUGGCUGCCAAGUUUUACAGGGAAUAGAAGAUGGAUUCUGUGGGUGCCUCACAACAAUUUCUACUUGA